UAACCACGCGUGACUGUAGUAUAUAAAGGGUGGUGCUAACUGUGAAAAGUUCUACUCCAUGCAGCAAGAUGAGGGGGCUACUGGUUCUAACUGCUCUGUUUGUUGCCGUUUUUGGCAAAGAAACCUUUGAGGGACACCAGGUUCUUCGUAUCACUGCAAAUAAUGAGGCUCAGAUCACUCUCCUGAAGGAGCUCUCUGAACAAGGACAUCUUGGGAUGGAUUUCUGGUUGGAGCCCAUUCGUGAGUCUCUGCCCAUUGAUGUUCGUGUCCCCUUCAACAGUCUCCAGGCUGUCAGAGCUUUCCUGGCAUACAAUCACAUAGAGUAUCGUGUCAUGAUUGAGGAUGUUCAGAAUUUGUUGGAUGAGGAGCAACGACAGAUGAUGAAAUCUCAUGUUCUUCCAAGAACCACAGAUGAUUUUGACUACACCAACUACCAUGACCUGAACACUAUUUACUCAUUCAUGGAUAUGCUUGUGGCAGAGAACAGUGAUCUGGUUAGCAAAAUUGUGAUCGGUCAGAGCUAUGAGGGUCGCCCCUUGAACGUCCUGAGGUUCAGCACUGGAGCGAACCAUCCUGGUAUGUGGCUUGACACUGGCAUCCACUCCAGAGAAUGGGUCACCCAGGCCAGUGGAGUCUGGUUUGCCAAGAAGAUUGUGACCGACUAUGGACGUGACCCUGCCCUUACCGACAUUCUUAACAAUUACGAUAUUUACUUGGAGAUUGUAACCAACCCUGACGGCUACCAACACACCCAGACUAAAGACCGUAUGUGGCGUAAAACCAGAAAGCCAAACCCUGGCUCCAGCUGUGUUGGAGUUGACCCCAACAGGAACUGGGAUGCUGGCUUUGGAGGGGCAGGUUCCAGCAGCAGUCCUUGCACCGAGACCUACCGUGGACCUAGUGCUCACUCUGAGCCAGAGGUCAAGGCCAUUGUAGACUUUGUGAAAUCUCAUGGCAACCUCAAGUCCUUCGUGUCCAUUCACAGCUAUUCCCAGAUGCUCCUCUAUCCAUACGGAUACACUCACACUCCUGCCAAAGACCAGGCAGAACUGCAUGAACUUGCCAGGAAGGCUAUCACUGAACUGCAGUCUUUGUAUAAUACUCGCUACACAUAUGGCAGCAUCAUUACCACAAUCUACCAAGCCAGUGGAGGCACUAUCGACUGGACAUACGAACAGGGCAUCAAAUAUUCCUACACCUUUGAGCUGAGAGACACUGGCCGCUAUGGUUUUAUCCUGCCUGCCAAUCAGAUCGUCCCCACUGCUGAGGAGACCUGGCUGGCCUUGAUGGCCAUCAUGGAGCACACCAAGAACAAUCCAUAUUAAACAUAAAAUUGAAUUUCACCAGUGAGUCAAAGUGUAUGAAAGAAUAUGAAUACAAAAUAAAAAAAAGAACCACAGUCUGA